AUUACAAAAUGGCGUCUAUUUUAUGGUAGAAUUAGAUAUAAACAAUGCAAGAAUAAUUGAUUUUUCAAUAACUUUUUUCUCAAAAAUUAUGCGCUUCCGCAUAUUGUAACUUUGUGUGUGUGCUUAUAAUAGUGUAACUUUUCUGUAAAAAUAUGUAUCAACCGCCUACUCGAUGGGAGUAAAUGGAAAGCUAAGCCUACAAACUUGUACAUUUAAGUAGUUUUCCAUAUUUAUGAUGAGCUUUCAUAUUUUCAGAUGGAUGAGGAUGAGGAGCCAAUAAUUGUUUGUUUCACCUGUCAUGCAAGACUCAUUCGUUGCAGAACAUUACAACACCAGGCUAUUGAGUCAAAAGCAGUUCUGGAGCAGUUGCUUGCAGGAGGGUCCAUGUCAGUAACAAAUCAUCAUGAGGCUAGAGAUAAGAUUCAAUUCACACCAAUUAGUCAUAUAGAUAUCAGGCCAGUAGAGUGUGAUGUAGAAAAUAAUUGUAAGGACGAAAUAUUUAGCCUUGAAUCUAUUAAAGUUGAGGAAGAGAAUUUCGAAAAUGAGAAUUCUACAUUUGAAGAAAGUGGGAAUAAUGAAAUAGAACAGUACAUCACCCCGACAAAUAGUUGUUCAGAACCGUCUGAGAAGAAGAUUAAAUCAAAUUCUACUGAUUGUAACAUAAACGAUGUUCGUAAAGAAAAUGUCAAUUUUGAAGGCCCUACUAUUAUAUCAAAUCUAAUAAUUAAUGAAAAAGGAAAUCAUCUUGCAAUGAAAAAUACAUCCAGGGCAUCAACAAAAGACAUUUUCGCUAAACACAUUUCAUACAGUCAUAAGACGCAAAAGAACUCAGACACCACUGCAGUUCGGACACAAGUAGAACAAACUGCAGUACCACAACAAACAGAAAUAUUUAAUUGUGAUAUUUGCGAAUUUAAAACAUCUCAAAAACGUUACAUUUUGGCACAUGUUAAAGCACACGUCGCUAAACAAAUGUACUGUUGUAAUAAUUGUGAAUAUAAAUGUAUUAGGUUAUGUGAGUUGCAAAGGCAUAUGAAAAUACACUCUGGAGAAAAACCUUUUUCGUGUAAUAUCUGUGAAUUUAGAUGUAAUACAAAAAGUAAUUUGCGAACACAUAUGAAAAUACACACUAGUGAAAAACCUUUUUUGUGUAAUAUCUGUGAAUAUCGAUGUAUUACAAAAUUUCGUUUGCAAAAACAUAUGAAAAAACACACCGGUGAAAGACCUUUUUCGUGUAAUAUCUGUGAGUAUAGCUGUAUUUCUAAAAGUUAUUUGCAAACACAUAUGAAAAUACACACCGGUGAAAAACCUUUUUCGUGUAACAUCUGUGAAUAUAGAUGUAUUACAAAGAGUCGUUUGCAAAUACAUUUGAAAAUACAUACUGGAGAAAAACCUUUUUCGUGUAAUAUCUGUGAAUAUAGAUGUAUCACAAAGAGACAUUUGCAAACACAUAUGAAAAGACACACCGGUGAAAAACCUUUUUCGUGUAAUAUCUGUGAUUUUAGAUUUAGUUUAAAAAGUAGUUUACAAGCACAUAUGAAAAUACACACCGGUGAAAAACCUUUUUCGUGUAAUAUCUGUGAAUAUAGAUGUAUUACAAAGAGUCGUUUGCAAAUACAUAUGAAAAAACACACCGGUGAAAAACCUUUUUCGUGUAAUAUCUGUGAAUAUAGCUGUAUUAGAAAAAGUGAUUUGCAAAUACAUAUGAAAACACACACCGGUGAAAAACCUUUUUCGUGUAAUAUCUGUGAAUAUAGAUGUAUUACAAAGAGUCGUUUGCAAAUACAUAUGAAAAUACAUACUGGAGAAAAACCUUUUUCCUGUAAUAUCUGUGAAUAUAGAUGUAUCACAAAGAGACAUUUGCAAACACAUAUGAAAAGACACACCGGUGAAAAACCUUUUUUGUGUAAUAUCUGUGAUUUUAGAUGUAGUAUAAAAAGUAGUUUGCGCACACAUGUGAAAACACACACCGGUGAAAAACCUUUUUCCUGUAAUAUCUGUGAAUAUAGAUGUAUUACAAAAAUUCGUUUGCAAACCCAUAUCAAAAUACACACCGGAGAAAAACCUUUCUCGUGUAAUAUCUGUGAAUAUAGAUGUAUUUCAAAGGUUUCUUUGCAAACACAUAUGAAAGUACACACAGGAGAAAAACCUUUUUCGUGUAAUAUAUGUGAAUUUAGAUGUAGAACAAAAAGUAGUUUGCAAAAACAUAUGAAAAUACACACCGGAGAAAAACCUUUUUCGUGUAAUAUCUGUAAAUUUAGAUGUAGUAUAAAAAGUUAUUUGCAACAACAUAUGAAAGUACACACCGGAGAAAAACCUUUUUCAUGUAAUAUCUGUCAAUAUAGCUGUAUUAGGAAAAGUGAUUUGCAAAGGCAUAAUAUGAAAAUACACAAUGGAGCAAAACCUUUAUCGUGAGCUAUCUGGUAAAAUAUGUACAAUAUUAUGUAAACGUGUUUUAUGUAAAUAUAAAAGUGUACCAGAU